GAAUCGGUUCAGACGAAAGAGUCGUUCGCGAAUCUGAUGCCAGUGGAAAGUCCACCGCAGGAAUACGCUGUAUAAUGGAUUUAGACAUUUGAAUAAACAACACAGCCCACGUCUGUGCAUCGUCUUUGGGCUAAAACAGAAAUUUGAUGGGUGUUUCUCAUGUGAAAUUAACAUAGUAGAUCUCUCAGUGCGGCGCGCUCUGCGUGCGCUUUUGUUGUUUGUUGGAGAACCGCGCGGUCACAUUUCAGCAGGGCACCGAGCGCAGGAUGGCCGAGAGUCAAGGCGAAAUCAGCGGCCACGACUGUCGGCGCCCGGCACAGACUUUUAACCACAGAUCCUCCAAGUGGGUCCGUUUGAACGUCGGCGGCACGUAUUUUCUGACCACCAGACAGACCCUCUGCAGGGACCCCAAAUCAUUCCUGUUCCGAUUGUGUCAAGCGGACCCAGAUCUGGAUUCAGAUAAGGAUGAAUCUGGGGCGUAUUUGAUUGACAGGGAUCCCAUGUAUUUUGGGCCUGUACUCAAUUACCUGAGACAUGGCAAACUGGUCCUUAACAAGAACCUGACAGAGGAGGGAGCUCUUGAAGAGGCGGAGUUCUACAAUAUUAUAUCAUUAAUUAAACUCAUCAAAGACAAGAUCAGUGAAAGAGAUGCCAAGACUACACACACACCGGUCAAGCAUGUUUACAGGGUGCUGCAGUGUCAAGAGGAGGAACUUACUCAGAUGGUCUCAACCAUGUCAGACGGAUGGAAGUUUGAGCAGCUUGUCAGUGUAGGUUAUGGGCGGUCCCAGAAGUCAGAGUUUUUCCUGAUUGUCUCUCGAGAGGUGAAGGGGGAGGAGUCAAGCCAAACUCACCCCACCCACAGUGGAGAGCUGGUCGGUAUCGGCUCCUCAUAUAAUUACGGUAAUGAAGAUCAGGCGGAGUUUCUGUGUGUUGUUUCUAAGGAGCUGCACAACCAAUCAUAUUGCGCCAACAACCAACCCAGCGAGAAAGCUAAGAUUCUACAGGAGCGUGGUUCUAGAAUAUGAUCUAGAACACCAAAGUUUUAAGACAUAUCAGCUCUUUAUAGAACAUUCCAUGAGCUUGUUCUCUUCACACCUUGAAAAGCACAUACACUGACAAAACGGACAUCUGAAGCAUGCAAACAACACUUGAGGAGCAUAUCCACUGUAAAUGUCUUUAUGGUGCCUGUUAAUUUGAAUAAAAACAAGAAUACUUUGUUUUGAUCUUCACAGAUUCAGAGACCAUUGUAGACUGGUUCUGAUUCUGUCUAGUCAGGAUUUGGAGAACUGGACCAGUGUAAAUCUCAGGGAUCAAAUGGAAUUGCACACUUCAUUCUGAAUCACAAAAUCAGUAGAAUGGACAUUUAUAGUCUACUUGUAACAAUUCUGUUAUAUCCUGAUAGAAAUGUCCAGGACUAGUUUUAGUCUUUUGGUUUGCAUAAACAAUGAAAAGAUACAGUAACAAUAGUUAUUUGAUAAUCAGUAAUAAUGUUGGUGCAAUAUCAGCAUGGUUUAGCACUCAUUUUAAUCUUUGAGUGUUUAAUGCAAGGUUGUAUGAUAAAGAUGUUCUAGAUUUUCUCCUUCGAGACUUAUUUAAAAAUAAGUUUUACUGACUCAUGAAACACCUGCUAAAUGCUGUUCUACAUGUUUGUUUGUUUGUUUUUUUACUCCUUUUUAAUGUGUAAAUUAUUGCUUUUGUACUACUGCUAUAAUAAUUAUUAUUAUUAUUACACUUGUGCACUUGAUCUUAAAGGGAUAGUGCCUUUUGUCUGUCAAACAAGAGAAAAAGCAAGGAUGGGGGAAGCAUUUAAAAAUGAAUGUGGUGGUUUUAGGGUUGUAUGUAGAAUGGACAAUCAUUCUGUCUUUAGUAAAUAAAUGUACUGCACUCAAAAAUAAAAAUAAUGCAUAGAAAAUUUAAUCACGCAUGGUAUUACCCACAAAUGGCUUGCAGAACAAAAUAUGCUCAUUUAUAUCCACAGAGAACAAAUGCAACCAAUCAUUUCCUUCCUAAAGUAAUUUGACCUAUCCAGUUUCAUUGCAGAAAAUGGAACUUAUUCUAACUUUUCCUUACUUUACCAAAUAAUGUCCCCAGCCAAACAUUAACUCUAUAUAGAGAGUAAUAAAUUAACCCUGUAUA